GAGGCUGCUAAGGUAGUGGUUUGGGUGUGUCUGUUUAACUCCAGCAGCAGACAGAGCACAGGGAACCAUUCGCAGCUCAGAUACAACUAGAGCAGGACAAGCCAAUCCUCCUUUUAAAAAUCUCCGAACCAAAGGGAACAUGGCCGUUACUGGAGGUACAAACUGUGUCAAGUACCUGCUGUUUGCGUUCAACUUUAUUUUCUGGCUUGCAGGGACGGCUGUGCUUGCUGUUGGGUUAUGGCUGCGCUUUGACUCCAAGACAAAAGCCAUCUUUGAAAUGGAUACCAACCCCACCACAUUCUACACAGGUGUCUACAUACUGAUCGGCGCUGGGGCUCUCAUGAUGGUCGUGGGUUUCCUGGGGUGCUGUGGUGCCAUUCAGGAGUCUCCCUGCAUGCUCGGCCUGUUCUUUGCUUUCCUGCUCCUCAUAUUUGCCAUUGAAAUUGCGGCUGGAGUUUGGGGCUUUUCCAACAAAGACAAGGUUGUUGGAGAGGUAGAAACAUUCUACAAAGAGACAUAUAAAAACUACAUCUCGACCAAACAGCCUGCCUUGAAGGAAACUCUGAAGGCUUUUCAUCACGGUCUGAACUGCUGUGGGAUUGGUGGGACUCUGGAGCCUCUUGUGAGGGAUACCUGCCCCGAAAAAGAUGGCAUUGUUGCGACAUUAACUGUGCAGUCUUGUCCAACUGCCAUUAACGAGGUGUUCAACUCGAAGCUUCACAUCAUUGGAGGUGUUGGAAUCGGCAUCGCUGUCAUCAUGAUCUUUGGCAUGAUCUUCAGCAUGGUGCUGUGCUGUGCGAUCCGCAGGAAUAGGGAAAUGGUGUAAACGUGUCUGCCUGUGUCGAUGCCUUGCUGUUUUGAAUGGGACGUUUUUAUUGUUUUGUCCAUUUCGCGAUCACGGAUCUGAAUAUAUAUAUAUAUAUAUAUAUAUAUAUAUAUAUAUAUAUAUAUAUAUAUAUAUACAGUCUAACUUCAUUAUAAUGAACCCCCCCUGGGACCUGGAGAAAUGUUCGUUAUAUCAGGUUGUUCACUAUAAUAGGGUUUGGUAAUUUGCUGUAUCAGAAUAAUGAAGAAACGCCCAAAUUGAAUUGAACAUCUUUAUACACUAUACAGUAGUUCUUUCAAGACAGCUUCACAUUGAUCAACAUUUAAACUGUAUAUUUAAAAGAAAACCAUGAAGAAAUGAAAAAAUAGAAAGUACACUUACAUGCUGAAUACAGUAAUUAUAUGCCCUUUCUCUCGAAAAACAUAUCCAUUUGCUUCAUAUUUUCCGUGCUUUUCUCAAAGUAUGCUGUUUCAAUCUUGUUACCUCCUCACGCCUGUUGCCAUGGUUGCAGUUUAUGUGAUGAUGACAACGGUUGCAUUCGUCACACUUGAUUCACACUACAAUAGGUUAUCUAUGAAUCAGCCUUAUCUUCGAAUUAGCCUACCAAGGUCUUCGUUUUCACUGAGAGAAUAACACAUUCACACAGGAGAAAGUUCGGUCUCAGUCACUACCAAGAUCGUUUUAUCCGGGUAGAUUUUGUAAAAGUGAUCGUUCUAAUAGGGCUAAUUUCCAUUGAAAAAAACGGUUCUUGCUGCUUGGAUCGUUAAAGUGGGUUCGUUAUUGUGAAGUUAGACUGUAUGCAUGUGUGUGUGUGUGUAUAUCUAUAUAUAUAUAUAUAUAUAUAUAUAUAUAUAUAUAUAUAUAUAUAUAUAUAAACAUUUAACACAUGUUGUAAGCAGAGUUCAUCAAGCCUUUGUCUGCUGUCGAACUGUCUUCUUAUUUUGGUCACCUUUAUGGGUUUAUUUUUUAAUUGUAUGUUCUGUUUGGUGCUUGCAAAAUAAUAUUUGCAGAUUUUUCUUUUUUUUUAGCUAAGAUUUAAUAUUGCCUUUUGAUUUGAGUAACUUAAAUACAAUGAUCUUUCGAUUUUUAUGUAAGUCAAAAAAAUAAUGGAAGUAUCACAACAUGCCAAAUAAAAGACUGGUAACACUAA